CAAAAGAGAAGGGAUUUGGGGUUUAUCUUUGAAACAAUGGUAGUAUCUAUCUCGUUCCUCAAUGGGGAUCACUCACCUGCUUCACUAUUCUACUUUUACUGGUUCAAUCACUGCGGCUCAAAGAUCAUACCACUCCUCUUUCUUCUCCAUUUCAAGAAUCCCCGACAAUACCCACAUCCACAACCCUAACAGAUUAUUCUCAACAAUUUCUCGUUUUCAUUCCCCCAGUCAUGGCGGCGACGGAGGCCCACGUAGGGAUUCUAACACUGACCCAAGUAUUGGACUUGGGAACGAAGGCGGCGAUGAGUUUGAGCCCAGGGUCUGGUGGUCGAAUGCUGCCGAGGAUGAGGAUGAAGAUGAAGAUGAUGAAUUACAAGGUUUUGGGGUUCUAGAAGAGGCGAUUAACGUUGGUUUGGUUUUUAAGGUAUUGAAAGCCUUUGGAUGGAUGAUUCCAGCCAUCCUCAUGUGGAUAUUAGUAGGAAAUGUACCAAAUACUUUCUUCAUGGCAUUGGCAAUUCCAAUAGCUCAGUCAGCAGUUGACCUAAUGACAAAUCAAAACCGAAGAACAAAGAAGCGUGCUAGAGCCUCAAACAGGACUAGAAUGGCCAAGAAAAGAAGAGAUGAAGAUGGAAUAGGAAGAGAACGUCGCCAAACCUCCAAAACUUCCAAUAAUUCCUCGAAGAAAACAAGUAAAGAUGUUGCAGAUAGUUUUGGAGGGUGGGAUGAGCUCGACAAUAAUAAUAAUAAAAGGGUUGUCUUCCCUAAAAGUACAUUGAGAGUGAUGGGAAAUGCGGCAAAGGAAGAGGGUGAAAGAAGGUUGAGCAAAAGAGUGACAAGUAGAGAAAAACCACUUAUGGUGAGACUGCUAAUUGCUGCAUUUCCAUUCCUUGGAACUUGGAUGAAGGUAAUGUAGCAUUAGAUUGGUCUUUGUAUAAUAUAUAGAAUGAGAACAAGUUGUAUACUAACUAUUACCAUUUAAAAUUUGUUUCUGUUAAGAAGUCCAAACAAAUGGGUACAUUUAUUUGUUUAAUAGCUGAGAUUAUGGAAUCGAUCAUCUGUCUUUGCAUCA